UUUUUGCACUCCACUGUCUGUAUUCAGAGUUCAGUCUUUAUUAAUGGUACAUCAGCGCCGCUGUUUUCCACAGGCGGAAACUUUCCUUCAGUAUGUACCCUCAAACAGAAAAAAUAAAAAACAGCUGGCAUGGUCUGCUCUGCUCUGUGUGUGUGUGUGUGUGUGUGUGUGUGUGUGUACUGUGGACUUUCCAACACAUGGGGGAGUUUAACACUCAGCAGGAGGAGCCAACAGCUCCUCAUAUAAGGUUGGUGCUGGCUGUUCAGCUCCAACCUUUCAAACAGAGCAGCAGGCAGUAUUUCCAGGGGGGCAUGCGGACUAGGGGCGACACAAUGGGAAUAACAAGCAAGCCGGACUCUCCCACAGAACAGAGUGGGAAAACUUCUGGAGGGAAACGAUUGCACCUAAAGCUCCCCAAAUUAAGAGGAAACAAGAAAGGACAAACAAAGGUUGUUGUUACCGAUGGACACGGCUCAGUGAGCACUGCUACUGUGGAGUGCCCAAGGGUGCCACUCACGUUUGAACAAAACCUCGAGCAGCACUGUCUGUUUGAGGCUUGCCUGCAGCUGAUAGAAAGGGAGGAGCGUCUGUCGGGGCAGAUAACUGAGGAAAAAGAAGUGAGCAGACUUGCUAAGGACCGCGGGGCCCUCCUCUCCCUCGUGGAGUUGAUUCUGAAGAAGUCAUUCAGCCCGGGGGAGGAAAACUUGGAGGCUCUGGCUUCCGCUUUGAAGGCUAUCUGUCAGGAGGAGCAGCAGGACCGGCUGUGGGCUCAGAGGCAUGAGGGAGCCCCAGAGUGGAGGCCCAGUCACUGGAGGGAGCAUCAUAACUCCACCCUUCGCAGGCUGGUGGAGGAGCGUAUGGACAAUGCUGAGACACCCGUGACCCCUGACAAGAUGCAGCGGUCGUCCAUCCAGCGGCAUAUCUGCGGCAUGGGCAAGCAGCUGAAAGAUGACCUAAAACAGGUUGUGGAGGUCGUGAAGGGCUGCUACCCACCAGAGUUCGACAUCUGCAACUUUUACGCCAGGUUGUACCACCGAGCCUUUGGCGCCAGGCUGAGGAAGAUCACAGAGUUUGGGCUGGAGGAGGCAGACUGCACCACCCUCCUCUGCUGGGUGAACAACUACUAUCCAAAUAUCCUGCAGCAACAGGAGCUGGUGACAGAGAUCAACAGUGAAGCUUUGGGAGAGCUGCUGCCCAAAGAAGUUCUUGAAAAUCUGGAGGGACAGCAUCUGAGUAACACAGAGGAGAAGCUCCAAAGAUUCAUUAAAGAGGCUCUGAAGAAGGAAGAGGAAGCAUGGGCAAAUGGAGAAGAACCGGAGAGAAGUGACGGGUGUUUCAUCAGUCACUUAGCCAUCGAUGUUAUUCAGUUCAUCAAUAGUGCUGUGGAGUCACUCAGUUUGUUGCUGCGAGACGAGCACAAGGUCCAGAGGACGGCUUGCCUGCUGGAGAACUUCCUGCAAAGCUUCACCAAAUUCCAGGGGGAGGUUAUGGCGAGAAGCAAAUCGAACAGCAAACAAGUUGUCAUGGCGAACCUCCACUGCAUGGAACAGCUCAGGGACUUCAUCGACAAGAAGAGGCAUCUCUUCCCAGAGGACGUGAGGCAACGCUGUUUGUCUGCUGUGACAGCCAUGAAAAAAUCUUCCCACACGUAUCUAUUAGGCCCCAUGCACAAGGAACUCAAGCCACAGUAUCGCACUCUGGGAACAAACGACUGGCUGAGGAAGCUGCUGUUUGAGAAGCUGCUGCAGAGCAUUGAGUCACAUAUUGAGGAUCUGCAGGGCCUGACUGGAUCCUGCCAUCAGGAGCUGAUGGGCCAGCUGCAGUACGACGUGACAGUCGAAUACGUCAGGAGGCUCCUGAAGGGGAACGUCAAGCUGAAGGACAAGGAGAAGCAGGAGCAAGCAGCCCGGAUGGUGACGGAGAACGGCAAGCAGCUGCACCAGCUGUUCACGGAGGCGGGAUCGAAGGAGGACUGGUUGAAAGACAUCCUGCCCAACAUUGCUGAAGUGCUGAGACUCCAGGACCUUCCUUCCCUGCAACUCGAGGUUGCAUCACUGGGAGCGGCCUACCCUGACCUCAGUGAGAAACACAUUUCGGCGCUGCUCAAGCUCAAGACCAGCCUGUCCAAGGACGACAGGAGGAAAGUCAAAGAGUCUCUCUUGGACGGCAGGACUGACACGAGCGACGGGGAUCUUCUGCUGUUCUUCUCCAGAGUUCAGAUCAGAUGAGCGUCUCUCUCAGAUCCAGAUCUUCUGCCCAAGGUGUGUGAGAGAAGCCUCCAGAGCCGCUGAGGACGGUCUGUGUGCAGAACUCUGCUCUGCUGAAAGAGUUUGGUCUCCGUCUGAGGCGAUCAUCAUUUCACACGAUGCUGUUUAAAUAGUGUAACAUUAAAUAAAGACAAAUCCUUUCAUUAAUGCCAUAUUUUUGCUGUUUGUAUGUUGCAUUCGCGUGAUGGGAUAGUCAAAACCACUUUCUUCCCACUUUAAUUGCAUGUGACUGCACAAGAGUGUGUGCACGUGCGAUUUAAAUGACUUUGUUAGUUUAAUUGACUUUUGAUGGAGCAGAUCAAAUGACUGUUAGAAGCCCUUUAAAAAAUUAAGCUACAGUAUAAAUUGUAUAUAUAAAAACGUGGUGCUUUUCACAACGGAAAAAGCAAUAAGUCUCUCUCCGUGUGUGUGUGUGUGUGUGUGUGUGUGUGUGUGUGUUUGUGUUUGAGGAAUGGGAGUGGAAUCUGUAAUACUGACAGUCUGUUAAUCCCCCUUUUUUUAAAAUUCGCCAACGCGGUAUUAUUUGUAAGUAUUUUUUACAUUAUUUAUGUUUCGCGUGUAUGUACUGUGUACAUAAAUGGUCUGGCUUAACUUUUGGUUUCAGAUCAUCUAAUGUUUGCUCUGUGUAGCUGUUUCUUU